GAUGGCGGAGGUGUUCAGGACUUUCCACUAAGGCUGGUUACUGUGUACAAGAAUGUGGUGGUACAAAUACUGAAUUUUGCUCACCAAAUCUAGCUCUGAGAGACCGGCGUGCCCUUGUGCCUCCCCUGCUGCGGCUGUUGUCCCUGGUCCACGGUCUGAACUUCCAAGCCGGCUGCCGAGUGGGGCGGUUGAACUACGACGACUUUUACAUCCCAGAAAUUGCAGAGAAAAUUGAUAUUAGGAAUGAUUACUUGAACUGGAUGAACAGCAGGCUUCACCCGAUGUCCAGGAGGGAGAGUCCAAUCCUGUUCUGUGAGUAUCCAUUCUUGUUCGACCCUCAGGCCAAGACGCUGCUGCUCAGGUGUGACGCCACUCGGCAGGGCGAAUGUUUCCCAGACCACCCGGUCAUACGCACGUUCUGGGAAGUAUUUCACAAACUCUCCCUGGAGCAGAAGAAGUUGUUUUUGAAGUUCCUGACGGGCACUGACAGGGUUCCUAUUCUGGGCCUGAAGGCACUCAAGUUGAUGAUCCAAAGCACAGCAGACGACAGCUUCCUUCCGGUCGCACACACCUGCAUCGCCCAACUCGACCUGCCAAGAUACAACACCAAAGAGAAGCUGAAAUACAAACUUCUACAGGCCGUACAGCAGAGUGAAGGGUUCGGCCUGGUGUGAGGGUGUCAGGGGGUGUUGACGGGGUGUGAGGGGGUGUUGAAGGGUGUGAGGGGGUCAGGGGGAGGCUGUGUGAGUUGGAUAAGAGUGACCUUGUGUGUGGGAGGAAGUGCCUGUUAAGAAAAUAGAAUAUAUAGAAAUUAAUAGAAAAUAUAUGUAAUAGUUUACAGAAUUAUUAUUAUUAUUAUUAUUAUUAUUAUUAUUAUUAUCAAAUUGAGUAUAUUUUUUAGUCUUGUUACAAAAAAAAAUGAAUGAAAUAAAGAAAAUGAAAAAGGUAA